AUGAAUAUCGAUGCAAUAUCACUAGCACUUGCUCAAAUUUCAUUCACAAUCAAAACAUUAUCAAAGAAAAAUUUCAAAAAUUCACUUGCUGAAAUUGCUAAUCUUGUAUCUGAACAUGGAUUCGAAGCUGAACGACAUUUAUAUCGAACUUUAGUAACUUAUCUUGAUUUACAAUCAACUGAACAGAAUGGAUCAUUAACAAAACGUUCAGAAAAUGUACAUUUAAAUUAUUGGCUACAAGAAAUUUCAUCAUUGAUUUCAAAACCAAAUUUUGUAACUUUAAUUUGUUAUGCUUUUGAUACAGCUAUUACACAAGAGUUACUUAAACUUCCAUCACCUUCCAAUGGAUUUUUUACAUAUUUAUGUAAACUAUCCAAAUUAAAUCGUGUGCAAGAACUUCUUUUUGUUCUUGCAUUACAAAAUUCUACACAUGUUGAACUUCAAACAUUAGCUUGUGAACAUAUUCAAGAACGUUUACCCGAGUUUAUUCAACUUGUUUCCGGUGAUAAUGGUAUAAACGAGACAGGUUUAUCUGAUUUACCUGUUGAAGCACUACAUUCAUUAUUAGUACUUAUUCAACAGUUUAUAUUCAAUGAAUCAAUUGUAUCAGUGAUUAACAUGGAAGAAUAUGAAAAUUUUCUUAAUGUUCUUCGAAAAGAAUAUCCAAGAGAACGUCUUUGCAAUAGUAGCUCAUUAAUACUUUUACCAUUACUGUAUUCAUCUAAUCCUUUAACAACAGAUCUUACUUCUAGUCAAAUAUUAUCGGAUUCAAGUAAUCUUUCAACAACCGUGUGGCAAAUGGAUGGCUCAUUAGCUGAUGUUAUUCUUGAAAUGGGUUAUAAUUUUACUGCAUGUGUUGAAGAUUGUCGAAAUGCACUUGUUCAUUUUGGUUUACAAGAAUUAAAACCAAUAACAAUUGCUCGAAUGCUUUCAGCUAUGAUUAAAACUUCUUCAGGCCUAAAUGAAAAUACACAUAUCUACGAUUAUAAUGGUGUUGAUAUCACAACAAAUAAUGAAAAGGAUUCUUCACAAACAUGGAAUGUUGAUACAUUUGUACUUGCAAUAAAUGAUUUAGUACCAACCGUGAAUUGGAAAGAUGUUGUUAAAGAACUUGAUCAUCCUGGUUUUAUUGUACGUGAUCGACAAGCAUUAGUACUUCUUGUUUCAGCACUUCGCCGAGCUAUACCAACUGAACUUUAUAUUGAUUUAUUGUAUGGACGAUGGCAAAAUGUAGAAGGACAAUUAUCAUGGUUAAUUCAAGCAAUUCGUUAUCCCGAUGUAUUUUGUUUCGGUGAUCAUCCAGCGCAUCCGGUUUUGAUUGAUUGUCUUAAACAUCCACUUGAUGAUACAAAAGAUACAUGGACUUGGCGUUCAUUAAAUUUAAUUGAGUGUUUAUUACGUAUUGCUGAUACUGGUUUAUAUUCAACUGUAUUGGAAAUAUUUAAACAUAGUAUACAACGUUCCGGUGAACUUAUUUUUCUUGGAUUAUUGCAACUUCCUACUGUAUGGACAACAUUAAAACAAGAAUUACUACAAUUAAUCAUUCCAACUUUUCUUGCCAAUAGUCCUAAUGCAAAUCCAUUACUUAGUUAUAUGUGGAAUUUACAACAUCAUACAAAUGCUUUACGUACAACUCUCUUAACAUGUUUAGCUGAUUGGUAUAAUCGAGCAAAUGAUAAUGAACAACAACAACGUCUUGGUCGUGUUCUUGAAGUUGUACAAGAUUUAAAAACUUUACCAACAUUACUUGGAGCACAACCAAUGCCAUUUAUACUAGAUCUUGCUUGUUUAGCAUCUAGACGUGGUUAUUUAAAGUUAGAUAAAUGGUUAUCAGAUAAAUUACGUGAACAUCAUGAAUUAUUUAUUCAAACAACAAUUCAAUAUAUACGUAAAAAAGCUCCACAAUUACUUCUUCCACCACCUCAAUCAAAAGAUGAUAUUAAUUUUAAACCAAUUUUAAAUGCUGAAACAAUUAAUGUUCUUUUAGCUGUUCUACAAUUAGCAUUACCAUCAAUAACGAAUGGUGAUCUCUGUCAAGAAAUACAAACAAUGUUAUCAACAGCAAAAGUUUUUAAUGCAUUCACAUCAACAAUAAAUUCGUCUUCAUCAACAGGAAAUAUGUUUUCAACUACAAAUCUUAAUGAACAACCUUUACAACGACCAGGACCUAUGUCAUUACCGCUUAAUUCUCAACAAUUAUAUCAUCAUGCAACAGCAUUUACACCAUCACCUACAAAUCCAUCAGGUGGACUAUCAUUAAUAAGUCAACUUCGUUCAUUACAAGGUUCCACUGGUAAUGAUUCAUUAGCAAUUGGUUCAUCCUCUUCAACAACAACACCAACAACAACGACAACAACAUCCAUGGGUGAAAUUGCUGAUGUUGAUGUUUAUUUUAAACGAUUAUAUUCCAAAACAAAUAAUCCACCACCUAUAUCCGUUGAUGAAUUUCUUGACAUCAUGGCACGUUGUAAAGAUUCUCAAAUUCAACGUGAAAAAGAAGUAUUUCAUAAUGGUAUAAGAAAUUUAUUUGAAGAAUAUAAAUUUUAUACACAAUAUCCUGAACGUGAAUUACAUUUAACAGCACAAUUGUUUGGUGGACUUUUUGAACGAAAUUUAUUUCCAAAUACAGCAUUACUUGCAGCAUUUCGAGCAAUAUUAGAAGGUUUAAAAAAACCUGUAGGAACAAAUCUAUGGAAUUUUGCUGUUACAGCACUUGAGAGAUGCAAAGCAAGAAUUCGGGAACAACCAACAUUUGUCCAAGGUUUACGAAGUGUACCAACUUAUUCUGAAAUUCCUUUAAAUAUCCGUGAUUAUCUUGAGUAUGGUACUAAAACAAGUAUACAACAACAAUUUGAUCCAUUACGUACAUUAACACCAACAUCAAAUUUACCACCACCAACAACUGCGAGUCCUCAACCACAGAUGUCUCAUUCACCAAUGAAUGCAGCAAGUAUGUUUCCACGAAUGACUAGUGGUCCACCAAUUCUUAAUCAACAACAAUAUGCACCGGGAAAUACUGGUGGUGUAGGAAGAGAAAAUCCAGCACAAAAAGGACCAUCAUUAACCCAAAAUGCAAAUAUUCGAACAUUAACAAGUGAUCCAAGUUAUAAUCUUGUACGAGUUAAACCACCACCCGAACAAAUUAAUGAUAAAGUUUCUUUUACAUUCAAUAAUUUAUCAUUUGCUAAUCUAUCUCAAAAAUCAGAGGAAUUAAAAGACGUUUUAGGUAAUGAUGAUCAAUUAUGGAAAUGGGUUGCACAAUAUUUAGUUAUGAAACGUGCUUCAAUUGAACCAAAUUUUCAUUCAUUAUAUGCUGGUUUUAUAAAUACAGUUAAUGUUAAUAUUCUCUAUGAUACUGUAUUAACUGAAACACAUCGAAAUAUAAAAAUUCUUUUAUUAUGUGAUAAACAAAUGAAUAAUAUACCAGAUCGUGCAUUAUUAAAAAAUCUUGGUCAUUGGCUUGGUAUAAUAACUAUUGCGAAAAAUAAACCAAUUCUCGCUACAGAUUUAGAAAUCAAAUCGAUAAUUAUUGAAGCAUAUCAUAUGGGUUCACAAGAAUUAUUAUAUAUUAUACCAUUUGUAGCAAAAAUUUUAGAAUCAUGUACUCGAAGCAAAAUUUUUCAACAACCAAAUCCAUGGUUAAUGGGAAUUAUGUCUGUUCUUGCUGAAAUGCAUUCAUCACCUGAUUUUAAAUUAAAUUUAAAAUUUGAAAUUGAAGUUCUUUGUAGACAAUUACAAAUCCAAUUAAAUGAUCUUCCAAUUCAUCAUAUGUUAGCUAAUAAAGAAUAUUUCGAUAAAAUCGAAAAACAAUUAUCAAAUAAUAAUCGUCAAUCACCUGGAUUAUCAUCUUUAAUAUAUCAAUCUCAACAAUCUAAUAGUGCAACAACAGGAUCAACAUCAUCUCUUUAUAAUGAUCCAGCUAUUCUUAAUUAUCAUCAAUUACCAUCGAGUCAACAAAAUUCAACAUCAAAUACAUCUGUAUCUUCAAGUCUAUUAUCAAUACCUAUUCAACAACAAACAUUACCAACGUCAUCAUCAUCUUCAUCAACAUCAGGAUCAUCACUUCCACCUGUACCAAAAUAUAAAUUAUCAGAUUUUAAACCAUCUAUAUUUCAAUCAUUAAGUUCAAUGCUUGAAAUCAAUCCAAAUAUUCUUCUUUUUCAACAUCAUCCACGUCUUAAAACAUAUAUUCAUUCACCUAUUGAACAAGCUAUUAAUGAAAGUCUUCAAACUGUUCAACGUUCACUUAAAGUAGCAACAAGUGCAGCUGAAACAAUUGUUAAAAAAGAUUUUCUUUUAAAUCCUGAUGAACAACAAUUACGUACAUCAGCACGUAAUAUGGUUGCUUAUUUAAGUAGUGGCCUUGUUUUAAUAACAGCACGUCCAGCAUUACAAGAUCAAAUUCAAUCAUAUAUUAAAACACAUUUACAAACAGUUCUUGGUGUACCACAAGCAGCAUCAACAAAUUCAACAACAACAACAUCAACAACAAAUAAUAAUAAUACUAAUGAUCCAUCAUCAUCAUCAUCAGCCGUUACAACAAAUGGUACAGGAACAGAUCAAUUAUCAAGUCAAACACGUGAUAUGAUACAACAAGCAGCAACAGAAAUUGCAGCAUCAAAUAUUGAAUUAUGUUGUUGUCUUUUACAAAGAAUAACAAUACAUCGAGCUAUACAAUUAAUUGAUCAACGUUUAGCAAGUGAUAUUGAAAUUCGACAACGUUGCCGAUUAGAAGGAAGACAAUUACCAUCAGCAUCAAGUGUAGCUGAAUUUCAGUCAGAUAGAUUAAUCGAACCAAUACGUUUACGUUAUGGACCAUUAUCAUCACAUCAAUUAGCUAUUUAUGAAGAUUUUGUUCAUUUUAUUCCAGGUUUUAAACCAAGUGAUAAUGAAAAACGAGAUCUUGUUGCCAUGGAUGAAACUGGCCCAUCUGUAUGGGAUCGUUUAAUUGCUGAAAUUGAUCAAACAAUUCAAACUCAACAUAAUCAAACAUUUGCCAGUGCAUUACAACGAUUAUUAGAAAGUGUUAAUGUUUUACGUACUAAUUUACAUAAUCAAUCAUCAACAAAUGCACCACAAGCAGCAUUAAGUAAUGUAUUAAAUAUAAUUAUCUAUAAUUUACUUGAACAUUAUACACAUCAAUCACAAAAUCAAGAUGGUGAAAAUUUAGAACGUUUUAAAAAUGUUCAUAUGAGUGUAUUAAAAUUACUUGUUGAAAUACGUUUACAUAUGACACUUAUUAUUAAACAAUUAACUAAAGCAUGGUUAGAAUGUCCAAAUGAUCUUAAAUUUAAUGUUUAUGCUGUUCAUCAACUUAUACGUAAUCGUUUACUUGAUAUUCGUCAAAUGGAUGGACAUGUGGCACAAUUAAUUGAUUCAGGAAAUAAUCCUGCACUUCAUUUUGCUGUUAAUUUCUUACGAAAUUGUGUUAUUGAACAACCAUGUUGUGUUGAUACUGAUAUUGCAUCAAUACUUGAUUCACUUCAUCGUAUAUCAUUAAUUGGUAAACAACCAGCUGAAGCUGUUCGAGAUUUACUUGAAAUAAUACGUUUAAAUUUUACAUCAUUAACACCAAAUAUUAAUAAUAAUACAAAUAAUUCUAAUGAAACAAAUUCAACAAAUGAUACAAAUACAAAUGCUCAAUCAACAUCAAAAAUUGAUAAAUUAGCUAUUAUAUCAUUAUCUGUUAUAAGUAAUGGUAAUAAAUAUUUAACAUCAACAGAUGAACUUGAAACAGUAACAAUAGCAAAUAAAGCUAAACAUAUAUUAAGUGAUUGGGUUACAUUAACAAUGACACAAACAAAUCGUAUUAGUCAGCAACAAUCAUUUCAAGGAGUUUUUAACCAAAUGAAUAUGCAAGGUUUAUUUCGUUCAGAUGAUACAAUUGCAAAAUUUCUUCGUAUGACAAUUCAAUUAUGUGUUAAUAGUGUUUAUGAUAUAAUACGUCAAGCACCAGCUAUAUCAUCAUCUUCAUCAUCAUCCUCAUCAUCAUCAUCAACAACAGCAACACAACAAGCACAUUAUACACGUUGUCAUCAAGGCAUUGAUUCACUUUGUAGAUUUUUAUCACUUUUAACAACACAUACAUCAGAUAAUAAUAAUUAUGGUGCACGAAUACAUUUAAUUAAUCGAAUCUUAGGUAUUUUAGCUGCACAUUGUUUUGCUGAUCAUGAAGAACAAGGAGAUCAAUUCCAUCCAUUAGCUUAUCAAAGAAUUAUUCUUAAUUUAUUUCAAGAAUCAACAGCAGCUGUUACAUCAACAAUGUCAAAUACAACACCAAAUCCGGAUACAACAACAGCAAAUGAAAAUGUUAUGCAUUAUAUUUAUUUAGCAUUUACAAAUUGUUUACAUCUUUUACGUCCUCAACGUGUACCCGGUUUUGCAUUUGCAUGGCUUGAAAUAGUUGCACAUCGAACAUUCAUGUCUCGUUUACUUUUAUCAGGUGGUCGUUUUGUUCGUCAAACACAUAAUAUGUAUGCAUUAUUACUUGUUGAUGCAUUACGUUUAGUAACACCAUUUAUACGUUCGGGUGAACAUGCCCAAUCAUUUCAAGUUUAUUUUAAAGGUAUAUUAAAAACAUUUAUGUUAUUAUUACAUGAUUUUCCUGAAUUUUUAUGUGAACAUUAUUAUCAAUUUUGUGAUGCAUUACCAUUAAUUGCACAUCAAUUACGUAAUAUUGUUUUAUCAGCAUUUCCUAAACAAAUGCGUUGUCCAGAUCCAUUUUUGGUUAAUUUUAAAGUUGAUAUGCUUAAUGAUAUAUCAAUUGUUCCGGUGAUAGCUUAUAAUUUUUCACAAAAUAUUCAACCACCUAAAUUUAAACAAAAUCUUGAUUCAUAUUUACGUACACGUGCACCAGUUACAUUUUUAUCUGAAUUACGUUCAUAUUUACAACAAGGUGCUGAUCCUGGUUCACAUUAUAAUAUAAGAAUGUUAAAUGCACUUGUUUUAUAUGUUGCAACACAAGCAUUAUCAACAUUAAAUAAUAAAACAAAUGGUCAACCAUUAAUGUCAUCGAUAACACAUUCAGCACAUAUGGAUAUAUUUCAAAAUUUAGCUGUUGAUUUAGAUACAGAAGGACGUUAUAUAUUUUUAAAUGCUAUGGCUAAUCAUUUAAGAUAUCCCAAUACUCAUACACAUUAUUUUAGUUAUACACUUUUAUAUUUAUUUGCUGAAGCUAAUUCAGAAGCUUUACAAGAACAAAUUGUUCGGGUUUUACUUGAACGACUUGUUGCUAAUCGUCCACAUCCAUGGGGCUUAUUAAUAACAUUUCUGGAACUUGUACGAAAUCCAAAUUUAAAAUUAUGGUCUCGUGAAUUUAUGAGUAUUUCACCAGAUGUUAAACGCUUAUUGACAACACUUACCCGUGGCUUUCCUCACAUUCAAAGUACACCAACAGCUACCCAACAACAACAACAACAACAAGCAGCCGUUGUCAAACCCUAGUUAUUUAAUCAUUCAUCAUAUCGUUUAAUAAAUUUUAUUCGUUGUUAUUCAACAAACCAUCAAUUAAAAUGGCCAUCAUCUCGUGUUCGUCAAACAUUUGUCGAUUAUUUUACUCAACAUUCUCAAAUUCCCCAUACAAUAAUACCCUCAUCAUCCGUGAUUCCACCAAAAGAUUCAGGAACUUAUUUUGUCAACAGUGGAAUGAAUCAAUUCAAAAAUAUUUUUCUUUCACAACAAAAACAUAAUUCUCAACAAUGUGUUGUUAAUUAUCAAAAAUGUAUACGUGUUGGUGGAAAACAUAAUGAUUUAUCAGAUGUCGGGCAUGAUACAUAUCAUCAUACAUUUUUUGAAAUGCUCGGAAAUUGGUCAUUCAAUAAUGCAUAUUUUAAACGGCAAGCAUGUACAAUGGCGUAUGAUUUAUUAACAAGAAUAUAUGGACUUGACAAAGAUCGAUUAUAUUUUACAUAUUUUAAAGGAGAAAAUAAUCUUAUUGAAGCAGAUAAUGAAACAAAACAAAUAUGGAUUGAUUUAGGAAUUGAUCCAAAACGAAUUUUACCAUUUGGAAUGAAAGAAAAUUUUUGGGAAAUGGGAGAAAUAGGACCAUGUGGUCCAUGUACGGAAAUACAUUAUGAUCAUACAGGUUUAGGUGAUGCAAUGCAAGUUAAUGCAGAUAAUCCACGUGUUGUUGAAUUAUGGAAUCUAGUUUUUAUGCAAUAUGAACGACGACAAGAUAAAUCUUUGAUCCCUUUAAAUCAAGUUCAUGUUGAUACUGGUAUGGGGCUUGAACGUCUUGUUGCUGUUCUAAAUACUAUGGAAUCAAAUUAUGAUACUGAUUUAUUUACUCCACUCUUCGAAACAAUUCAUUCUUAUUGUCCGAAAUCAUCUUCGAUUCCUAUUUAUUCUCAAGCAAAUCAAAAUCAACAAUAUGCUUAUCGUUUAUUAGCAGAUCAUGCACGAAUGUUUACUAUUGCGAUUAGUGAUGGUCUUGUACCAGAAAAGAAAGGUAUUGGUGGUUUAGUUAAAAAAAUGAUUGAACGAGCAACACGUAUUGCAUAUGAAUAUUUACAUAUUGAUGAAGAAAAUGUUGCUAUAUUAUCGAAAUUAAUUCCAAUAACAACAAAAAUACUUUCUCAAGCAUAUCCUGAUCUGAAUGGGAAAUUAAACCGUACUGUUGAAUUAGUUAAAUCUUGUGAAAUAAAUUAUAUGAAAAAAUAUCAAUUAGCAAAACCAUUUAUGGAAAAAUUCAUUCAAAAUAAGCUUCAAGAAUCGAAUUAUAUGAUAUCUGGUGAUGAAAUUUAUCGUUUAUAUGCAGGAAAAUAUCAAAAUAUUAAUGUUCCAUUAGAAAUGAUUGAAGAUUAUACACGUUUAUAUCCACAGUUAAAAAUUGAUUGGACAAAUUUUGAUGAAUUAAUGCGUGAAGAAACACGUAAAAGUAAAAUGUAUUCAAUUUAUAAUAAAACUGUUAAAGCAAAUCAAAAUAUAUCUGAUCAUCAUCAUCCAACCGAUAAAAUUUUUGAUUUAAUCAAACAAUCAUCGAAAGUAAAAUCAACUAUUGAUGAACCAUAUAAAUAUGAAAUAGAUAAAUCAUUGAAUGCUGAAAUACAAUUAAUUAUUAAUGAUCAAUUAAAUAUUGUUCAAUCAAUUGAUAAAAAAUUGAAAUAUUAUAUUCUUCUUGAUCGAACGAAUUUUUAUUCGACAAGUGGUGGUCAAUCAUCUGAUCAGGGAACAAUUCAAUUUUCAAACGAUUUAACUUUUCAAGUCGAAAAUGUUUUUCGUCUUCAUGAAUAUAUUCUUCAUUAUGGCCAUUUUUUACAAAAUGGAAAUGUUACAGAUCAAAAUGUCGUAUGUAAUGUUGAUGAACAACGAAGAUUAAAUCUAAGUCGAAAUCAUACAACAACACACUUAAUCAAUAAAGCUUUAAGAGAAAUAUUAAAUGAUUCAAAUCUUAUACAAAAAGCAUCAUUAAUACAUGAAGAUUAUUUUAUUUAUGAAUAUUCAUCAAUUAAUACCGAUACAACAAAUAAAGUUUUUGAACAACUUGAAAAACGUAUCAAUGAAAUUAUUCAACGUGAUCUUCCAAUAUCCAUAAGUUCACAUAAUUAUAAUAAUAUUCGUUCUGACACCAAUAUCUAUCGAUUAUCUAAUGAAUUAUAUCCAACAAAUGUUCGUUGUGUUAAUAUUGAUUCAACAUAUUCUCGAGAAUUAUGUUGUGGUACACACGUAUCAUCAACAAAACAAAUAGAAGAUUUUCUUAUUGUUCGUGUUGAUUCAAAAGGUCAUAGUAAUAAACGUCUUUAUUGUUUAACUGGUUCAUAUGCUAAACAUGCACGUGAUUUAUUUGAAAAUGAUUUUCAAAAAAAAUUUCAUUAUCUUGAACAACAUCAAAAUGAAAUGUCUUUAGAUAAAUUCUAUUAUGAAUGUCAACAAAUACGUGAAAUAUAUUUUGAUGAUAAAUCUUUAUUAUUUCCAUAUAAUCAACGUUUAAAUUAUAUUGAUCGUUGGCAUAAGUUAAUACCAGAUAAGAAAAUCUUACGAAAAUAUUUUUCAAAUCAAUUAAAUAAAAAUUUAGAAAAUAAUUUUAUGCGAUCAAAUGUUGAUCUACCAAUAUAUGAUAUUGGUUAUAUGCUUUUACGAUAUAAUGAUGAAAAUAACAAUCGUAAACAUCAACCAUAUGUAAUCUAUAUAAAUUUUCAUCAAAAAAAAUUAAUUAUUUAUUUAAAAAAUCCGCGUCAACGAAAUCAAUUGAUUGAACAUAUGAAAAAUCAUUAUAAAAUGAAUCUAGUCACAAAUUUUGAGGAUUAUGAUCAACAAACACGUGAUUUAUUUACUAUAACAAAGAAAUUAGCUGUUUUUGAACCGAUUGAAAAAGAUAUUUCAUUUGAUAAAAUCAAUUUUCAAGAGAUGUGUACUGAACUUUUUUCAAAUGUUUUUUAG